AUGGGCAGACAUGCCAACCCUGACAUCCGACGUGCUUUUGCAGAGUUCCAGGAUCAAGACACACCCUCGAAAUGCAACAAAGUCCGCUGUCUUCACUGCGGCUUCGUGCGCGCAAAGAACACGACGCGGCAGAUUGAGCAUCUUCAGGAGUGUCAGCCAUACCUCUCCUCGCCCGAGGCCCAGGCACACCUCCUCGCCCAACAGCAGCAGAAUGGAACGCCCGUCGAGCAGCAAAACAUGGCCGCUCCGGGCCCCAGCCAGAUCCUCAAUGGACAGCAACCAAAUCCAAACCUUCAGGUACACCGGCGAGGUCCGAAUAGUAAGCGGCCUCGCGACGGCCAGCCGAUUGCGCCGAACAUCGCCAUGGCUCCCAAUAUCGCGCCCUCGCUGACCUCGCAUCUCUUGACCAUCUGCUCGGGGCCCUUUGCUCAGGCAACCCAGCAUCCGUUUCUCUCUCACUCGGGCUGCGGCUCCAUAGGCGUAGGACCGUUGAUGCAAUGGCUGGUCCAGGAUGGCCAUUACGAGCGCGCCUUCAUGCGCUUCGUGAGCCAGCUGCUGGGCAAGGUCCGUCUUCCUUCGACGCCCAACUCGCAGUUCCAUCCCAUGUAUCGGACCAUGGAUUUGCUCAUUUCCGCCCUUAACAACAUGCGACGCGAGAUGCAGUUUUUCGAGAUUACCGCGACAAAAUACGGCCUUGUCCUGCCCAUGGACCCACCUUCCCCCAUCACUCGCGCCCUGAUUGACAUGUUUGUGAACGCAACUAGUCCGAGCGCGUCACUUUUGGAAGGCAUGGUCGCUUUAUGGGGGACCGAGCAUUGCUACCGCAGCGCCUGGCAAUAUGCUGCAUCCUUCUCCCCAAACGUCUCCACCAUGUCCGCCGAACCCCACAUUGUCGCCCUCCACCAAGCCCUCCUGCCAAACUGGAUAUCCCCCGCCUUUAGCAAAUUCGUCGAAGCCUCGCGCGCCCUCGUCGAUGAGCUCGCCAAUAUAACAACCACACGCGACGGCAAAGAGGAAAUGGUAAGGUGUGAAGAAAUCUUCCGCCAAACUUGCUGGCUAGCCGAGCGCAUCUGGCCGAGCGUCGAUGGCAUGGGCGAAGAGGGUGAGAACACAGGCAUGGGUCCACCCAGGGCAUCCAUGGCAGCAAAUGUGGACACCGCCAUGCAAAACGACAUGCAAACUGGCCUGCCAAUCGGCAUAAAUGGCAACAACAUGUCGGCCGGCAUGGUCAAUAUGCAUGGCAAUCCCGUUCCCAACACCAGCAACAACCCCGCCGCCACCAGAAACAGCAGCGUCAGCUCAAACAUGAACGGAACCCCCGUCAAUAGCAACAAUAACCCCCGCAAUGCAGCCAUCUGUAUCAUAUCCAUUGGUCUGGAGUGA